AUGGCUACGACCUGCCUGCAUGGCUACGACCUGCCCGCAUGGCUACGACCAGCCUGCAUGGCUACGACCAGCCUGCAUGGCUACGACCUGCCAGCAUGGCUACGACCAGAAUGCAUGGCUAAGACCUGCCAGCAUGGCUACGACCUGCCAGCAUGGCUACGACCUGCCUGCAUGGCUACGACCAGCCUGCAUGGCUACGACCUGCCAGCAUGGCUACGACCUGCCUGCAUGGCUAUGACCUGCCCGCAUGGCUACGACCAGAAUGCAUGGCUAAGACCUGCCAGCAUGGCUACGACCAGCCUGCAUGGCUACGACCUGCCAGCAUGGCUACGACCAGAAUGCAUGGCUAAGACCUGCCAGCAUGGCUACGACCUGCCUGCAUGGCUACGAUCUGCCUGCAUGGCUACGACCUGCCUGCAUGGCUACGAUCUGCCUGCAUGGCUACGAUCUGCCUGCAUGGCUACGACCUGCCUGCAUGGCUACGACCUGCCUGCAUGGCUACGAUCUGCCUGCAUGGCUACGAUCUGCCUGCAUGGCUACGACCUGCCAGCAACACCACCGCCUCCCUCACUAAAUAAUAAAUAG